AUGCAAUUAUUUUUUGUCAUCCUCAUUGGGACAGCAGAAUUUUUUCUCCUAACUUCCAUGUCCUAUGACUGCUACGUGGCCAUCUGCAAGCCCCUGCACUACACCACCAUCAUGAGUGACAGGGUUUGCACCAUUCUUGUCCUUUUGUGUUGGCUGAUUGGGUUAAUUGUCAUACUCCCCCCACUUAGCCUAGGAGUUCAGCUGGAUUUCUGUAACUCCAAUCUCGUUGACCAUUUUGGCUGUGAUGCAUCUCUUCUUCUGAUGAUUGUAUGGUUGGACACUCAAUUUGUAGAGCAAAUUAUUCUAGUCAUGGCUGUGCUGACCCUCAUUCUUACAUUAGUCUGCGUAAUUGUUUCCUACACAUAUAUCAUCAAGACUAUUUUAAGACUCCCUUCAACCCAGCAAAGACAAAAGGCUUUCUCCACCUGUUCUACCCACAUGAUUGUAGUUUCCAUCACCUAUGGAAGUUGCCUCUUCAUCUAUAUCAAACCAGCAAAGGAAGGUGUGGACAUGAAUAAAGUGGUGUCAUUGCUCAACAUGUCAGUCAUCCCUCUGGUGAACCCAUUCAUUUAUGCUCUGCGGAACAAGCAAGUCAAGCAAGCCUUCAAGGACUCAGUAAAAGAGAUGGCAUUUCUUUCAAGGGAUUAG